UGUGCUGUACACUUGGCGCAUAAAAUGUGCGUAAGCGUGACGCAAUAACUACGCGACGCUAAUGUGACUUCACAUCAGAAGUCAGGAAAAGAGGCUCAGCCGACAUCAGCAUGGGUGGCAAAAAUAAACAGAGAACGAAAGGAAAUGUUCGGCCCUCCAGCAGCGGCAGAGCUGCUGAUCUGUUGGCGAGGGAGAGCGGCAUUGUACCUGGGUUCGUCGGAUUCGGUGUUUCCACCUCCAAUGAUCCGGGAUACGUGCCCGCUGUCCAGGGAGCUGAAGAGAUAGACAAUCUGGUUGAUGCAGACUUCCGCUUGGUUCUUCGAAAGCUGUCUAAGAGAGAUGCAGUUACCAAAUUGAAGGCAGUCCAGGAGUUUGGAGCGAUGUGCCAAGAGCGUGAGCCUGAUAUUGUGAAAGGUGUUCUUCCGUACUGGCCACGCAUAUACUGCCGAAUAUCAGUGGACCAUGACCGUCGUGUGCGAGAAGCCACACAGCAGGCCUUAGAGCAGCUGGUUUUAAAAGUCAAAAGGAAUCUUGCCCCCUACCUGAAAAGCAUUAUGGGUCACUGGCUCAUUUCUCAGUGUGACACAUACUCGCCAGCGGCCUCAGCUGCCAGCGUUGCUUUUAACGCCGCCUUUCCACUAAACAAACAACCCGAGGCGGUCAGCUUCUGCAAAGAUGAAGUUCUGAAUGUUCUUCAAGACAAUUUGUUAAAAGAAACAGCAGACACGCUUAGUGACCCUCAGAGUGUGCCAGAUGAGGAGAGAGAGUCUAAGUAUAUACGUCUGUUGACCAGCUCUUUGCUGGCUCUUAAGAGAUUGCUGAGUGUUUUACCUGAGCAGGACAGAGAUUCGCUAAAGGAGCGAUUGGCUCAGCUCAUUGCACAGGGGAAGUUCUGGAAAUACAGCAAACACAAAACUCCACAGGUUCGAGGGGCUUUCUUUGAGGUGAUAGCCACAAUGUGUGGUCACACACCCCAGUUGAUCCAGGCCGAGGCGGCCCGGGCGUGCUCUGCUGUCCUGUUAUCUAUCGAUGACACAGACCCAAUGGUGCUGCCUCCUUUGUGGGAAGCGGUCCUUCAUAUUCUGUCUUGUGUUGAGAACUGUUGGACGCACGUCAAUGCCAGGAAGGGUGUGAUGCCAAAACUCUGGGUGCUACUGAAAGAAGGAGGUCGAGGUUUGGCAACAAGUUUGCAUCCAAACCUGCUCCCCUUCAUCAGCAAGCUGCCAGCAGAGAUCACACAGCCCAACCUGGACUUCUCUAGAAUUUUCCUCACAUCAGUCAUUCAGGGGUUAUCGAGCGAGCGUGCCACAUCCAGUCCUUCAGAAAGCGCUGCUAUUGUUUUUGCCACAAUGGAGUGUUUGCGGUUUAUCAUGCUCCAAAACGCUGGAGAUGAGCAGGAGCAGCGAAGCAUCCAGAACAUGCUCAUCUCAGAACAGCUCCUGCCUCUGAUCGAUAAAGCUCUGGAGAACCCAUCGCUGCAAGCCGGCCCUCUUUUUUCUCAGGUCUCAGAAAUGCUGUUGUCCUGGGAAAAGCGGGUGACUGGAAAAGACACUGCGGUUUUCCAGAGGCUGCUGUCGGACUUCUGGGAGGGUCUCGGUCGACUGUGCACGCGUUACGUGGAUGCCGAAGAUGCCCACGAGACCGCCCUCGAAGGCAUCGCAUUGCUUCUACAGAUUAUGCAGAACCCGAACAGCAGAGCCGUUACACGGCACAAGAAGAAGAAGAAAACUGUAAAAAUCUGCUUCAUGGACCAGGAAGAAAAAGUCCAGGGGGAGGAACCUCAAAAGGAAGCCUCAUUGGUGGAGCCCACUGAUGGGCAAGAAAAACAAGAUUGUCCCUUGAGAAACGCGCACUUGCUCGAUUUGGUUUGCCAGCUGGCUGAGCUCAACAUGGUUUACGUGAGCGAACGGGACUCGGAAAGGCACCUGAGGUUUUUGUCUCAACUGCUCGGGGCGUUUCCGAACCCUCAGGUGUUUCAAGUUCUGCUAAAGCUAGAAGACAUAAAGCCUGAAGCCGGUUCAGAGCUCGGGCUCUUAGCUGAGAACCCAGCCGUCAAUUUCCUCCUGAAGAGAGUAGCUCUGUGGUUAAAACAGGAUGGCAGAAAGGACACAGACUUCUUGGUAGACAUGGUUUUCAGUUCCCUGUGCUGUUGCAGCUCCAAUGCUGACAAGACUCUGAUCCUCAAUCAUAUCAGUCGGGAUUUGAAUUGGGGUGUGAUUCUUCAGCUUAUUCAAAAGGCGUGUACAGAUUCUGUUCGUCUAGAAGUGUGUGUUGGCUGGCUCAGAGGGUCUGUUUUAGGGGAGAGGUUGGUGGGUCUGGCUGAAGAGCUUUGUGCAAUGGGUCUGCGUGGACCCCCUUCUUCAUCCUUCUCGCCUUCUCUUCUCUCCUCCCAUCAUGCACAUGGCUGGCCUCUUAUCAGUCUCGCUCUGUCCCAGCAAUAUAAUAACGAGCCUCUCAUAGGCAAGGUUUAUGUGGAGCAGAUUAUUGACAAGCUCCACGGCACGUUGUCUGAAGCGAAGGGCAUGUCUGACGCCGGGAACAUGGAACCUCUGGUGUCGUUUAUCUCCGACGUGGCGGCCACUUUCUUCUCAUCAGUUAAGGGCUGUCUGCUGCUGUCGUCUGCUGAAGAACUUCUUUUAACUGUUUUCCAGAUGUGUGCUCAAGACCAAACCAUCACACACCUCUCAGAUGCUCUCCUUCUGAAGCUAAAACAUGCCUACACUGCAGGAGUUCAUUCAUUGAUCACUCAUCUGGGUGCAGGGUUAACACAGGGCACCCUCCUCCACAGUGUUGCGGUCUGGGUUAAAAACCAGCUGCUCACUGCACCGCUGACGGUCAAAAGUUUGCAGGUUCUGGUACAAGCGGUGGAGAGUCUGACUCAGACGAUCGCCUCAGCCCAGAAGAGCAGGUGUCUCCUGCCUCAGUUUAUCAGCUGUCUCGCCCCUUCUGAAGAGGAAUGGGGCCGCAUCAGACGGGCUCUGCCCCCUCAGUGGGUGAAACGCCCUCUGUUGUGUGGCCGUCUCAGAGCGACGGGUGAAUAUCCCAGCAUGGAUGUAUGGAAAUCCAAGGUGUCUAACAGACUGCCCGCCCACCUUUGUGCAAGUGCAUUACUGGGCCGAAUCAUUCACACUGCAACAUCAUCUGAUGACCAGCAGGUGGCGGCAGACUUAUCAGAAAUGAAUGAACUUACACACAUAGUUUCAGAGAUUCUCUAUGCACUUCAAUGGUGUGAAGAAAUGGAGCUCUCACCCAACAUCGUGUCUGAAUAUUACAACCUCCUAAAGUCCUGGAGCUUAGAGGAGACAAUCCAGAACAACAGCUUGAUCAAAGACACACUUUUCACAAGGUCACAGGAAGAAGGCUCUCUCUGGUCACUUGUUCUGGAAAAAUACUUUCACAAUAACAACACGGACCCAUGUGACAUCAAGAGUUUAUACAGCAGUGUGGAAAGCUUCUUUCCCCUCACAGAUCACAGUGUGAGCACAUUGCAGGUUCUGUGUCCGCUUCUAGCCAAUGAAGAGAGAGAAUCGCUCGUCGCCCUGUGCGUCGCAGAGCUUCUUCACUGGCAGGACAGAGAACAUGACUGCAUCGACAGCAUGCGGGCGUGUCUGGCUGUGAUGCAAUGCUGUCUGCAGGCUGACACUCCUGUAGAGGAUGAGAUUUUAUCGGCCGUAUUGUUUGUCAUUGCCACAAUCGCUGCAUGGAGGAACAGCAGAGAGGAAUGGUUUCUGUUCAACAGUGACCUUGGGAAAGUUUCGGCUGCAGAGCUCUCAUUUACUGUAGAGAUGAUGCGUUUUCUGUGCUGGUUGGUCGAUUAUUCUCCCACUAUCUUGGCAAACACCCAAUGGGAUCUUCUGCUCUGCUCCAUGCUGGCGUGGCUUGAGACCGCUAGUGAAAACAGCAGCGUGUUCUGGAACCCUUGGGUGCAGUUGUUUGUAUGCGAGAACUGCGAGCUGAUCGUGAGACUGAAUCGGUUUUUCACAUCGCCCCCUGCUGGUGUGGUGGAGCUACUGCCUCCAGAUCUGAAAUCUGAAUGGAAUGAGUUCUUUAUGGAGGGAGUUUUCAACCUUCUGCUUCCCCUACUUAUUAAAAUCCCAAUGGAUUUUACAGAGCCAGACGAUCCUUCAUUUCCCAUGCCAGUGUUGAGGGCGGUCGGGGAAGCUCUCACUUAUAUUCCUGUGGAAUUCCUCACAAACAACAAACUUCCUCCUCGGUUCGUGGCCGAUCAGAGAAGCAACCUGCCUGAGCCCGUGCAGACCCUGUUGAACACUCUCUCACCCCUGCUAGUCUUCAAAGCUCGCCCUUUACAGCUUGCUGUCUACCGUAUACUGCACAAGGUGAUGCCUCUGUUGCCGGAGAGCGACAGCGAGAGUGCCAGGGCUAAGUCUGAAGAUGAAGAUGGGGAGGAGCCAUGCCUAUCUCCUCCGGCAGCAUUAAUGAGCAUCCUUACUAGCACAGAGGAGCUGCUGGAGAAUAUUCUGGGUGGUGUGCAGGUGGGCGAGUUUGCCGUGGUUCAGCCUCUCAGUGAGGAGCACUGCUGCAUUCUGGGAUAUUUGUUGGCAUGGAAACUCCUUCUCACUUUCUUUAAGGCUUCUUCGUCACAUCUGCGAGCUCAGUACUCUCUGCAUUUGAAAAAGACUCGAUCCCUUCAUAAACUUCUGCUGCAUUUGUUUCGACUGAUGCCAGAGAUCCCAUCACUGCCUGGCCAACCAGCAGAAACCUCAAGCAAAGAACCCAAGACCUUCUUCACAGAGACCCUGUCUCUCUCUCCCCGCAAAACCGAAGGUCUGCAAUUUGAAGUUCCUCAUCUGGCUUGUUCCGUAUACUAUGGAGCACUGAAGGACCUGCCGGCGAUGGUGCGCCUAUGGUGGAACAGCCAGGAGAAGCGUGUCUUCAGCAUUGUAGAUAAAUUCACAAGCAAGUACGUCAGCAGCGUGUUGUCUGCGCAGGAGAUCGCGUCUGUGCAGUCCAGCACAUUGACUUUUGAAAACAUGACGGUAAAAGCACGUUCUACAACACGGGAGGUGAUCGCUACGUACUCCGUGGAUGAUAUCUUUAUAGAGCUGGUGAUUCAGCUGCCUCAGAAUUACCCGCUCGGAUCAAUCUCAGUGGAAAGUGGGCGGAGAGUGGGCGUGGCCGUACAGCAGUGGCGCAAUUGGAUGCUUCAGCUCAGCACGUACCUGACACACCAGAAUGGAAGUAUCCUUGAGGGUCUGUCUCUGUGGAAAAACAAUGUUGACAAGCGUUUCGAGGGGGUUGAGGACUGUAUGAUCUGCUUCUCUGUCAUCCAUGGAUCCAAUUACUCGCUGCCAAAGAAAGCCUGUCGUACCUGCAAGAAGAAGUUCCACUCCGCCUGUCUGUACAAAUGGUUCACAUCCAGCAACAAAUCCACAUGUCCUCUGUGCCGAGAGACGUUCUUCUAAUCGCCGUCUCCAUGGACACACAAAUAAUGACUAAAUGACGUCCUGUGCGAGCAAACGGCUGACUCGGAGAGAAAUGUUCUCUCUUCAUUUGUUUGUACAUGUGAUUUUUGCAGUGCUGCAAAUGACUGUGGCCUUUUAGUUUCUGACUCUGAAGAUGAACCCGACAACCUCGGUCUCAGAGGAAAGAAUGGAUAAACGCAGUCGGAAACUGGACCUUAGGUUUGAAGGGUGAACAAGUCAUAGCCUGUGUGCCUCUUCAGGUGGCAUUUUUGAAUUUGCAGGAGUAGUUUACCAAAAAAUGUGUUACCUUCCCAUCCAAAAGUUGAAUCUGCACGCAAUAGUGACCGUUUAUAGUGGUUAUAUCUAGCAAGUUAAAUUUUCACAUUGAAAAUGGCGUCCAUGGUAUAGGUUUGAUUCUCAUUAUCAUUGAUUACCAUCUUAAGAGCAAACCUGUACCAUAUUUGAUUUGGGGAGAGGAAAACUGUGAGUAUAUAAUGACUCCACUUCUGUAAUGUUUUUACAUGAAGAUGAGCCAAUUAUUCCAAUCUAUUUCUUUGAAUUCAAUUAUAAUGUGCAAGAAUGGAAAAUUGUCACAAAAUAAGUAACGGAAAUAUGCCAGUCACAAUUACAGUAGAACUGUUUAUAGAAAUAGAAAGUAAUGUAUUUUCUCAGAUAGCUGUGGGACCAUUUCAAUGACCUGUGACGAAUAAUGGACUGAGUUUUCUGCUUUUAAUCUCAUUUUGAUUAUAUGCUGUGUGUAAUGAUACAUAAUGCUGCAUGCAGCAGCAAUUUCUGUUGUUGCUUUGAUCAUAUUUGUCGUAGACAAACACAACAUGUGGUUCUGAAAUACAGAUGUUUAUCAUUC